GAUCAAGACAAUAACUCUCAGAUAACUUCUACGCGAUAGACGUUCCAAAACAAGACUUUUAUCAUGUAUCAUCUUUACACUAUCGGUUUCCUUUUGUUGACUGCAGUACAAAGCGCCUACUGUAUCCCCGAAGCCCUUCGCCAUCGUUCUGAAACAUGUGCGCCAAGCUUGAUAACUACUACCUACAUUAGUACUAUCUCGACGGUCAAGACAGUUCCGCAUUCUUGCUAUACUCGCUCGAUUACCACUAUUCAGAGCUCUUUCCCUUGCUCAGGAACAAAAACCUUUAGCCCUGCUACAUGUGGUCCCGUGCCAUUGUGUAUUCUUUUAUCAACAACUACAAUUACAGUGCCGCCCAGUGAUAAAUGUUGUGUAGCAACUCCAACAGUAACAGUUCCAGGCGCAUGUGCGAAAUGCCAAACAGGUUGCGCCACAGAUUUGACGACGGUCACUGUCACUGAAGGUGCAGCACCGCUAUCCUACAAUCCGGGCGGUCCUCAAUUGCCUCCAACAAAAAGACAGGGAGGUCCAAUCAUUCCAUGCACGUCUACUCUAAGCCAGUUGAAACAUUUUACCCAUGGACCUACAAAAACACUCUUUCCAUCUACAGUCACAGAUACUAGCAGCGUAGAUUGUGCAGGCUGUGGCGCUUUGAGUGUUCAGCCUAUUGGAGGUGUCGGUCCUGCUGUGAUUUUUACGACAACCGUAAAGGCAGAUGUGCCAACUACUACUACGGCUUUCGUUUGCUCUACAACGCCGGCGUAGGUUUGGUGGGAAUUUGGAAUAGGGGGGGGGGGGGCUUUCUUGGAAAUCUUUGUUUGAUGCUUGAACUUAAGCUCAUUGCUACACUCGCUUUGCAGACAAACAGACAGGGAAAGAUUGAUCAUAAAAUUUGCAAUAGAGUCAAACUCACGAUUACAUACCGCUCCUUUUACA